AUGAAUGACUGGGGUGAUGAAUCCGAUAUCCGCGGUUAUAGUGAAGAAAGACAACAGCAUGGCCGUGACGAAUGGGAUUCAGAAUCUGGUUUAGAUGUACCUGAUCGUCGGGAUAUUCGUGACAAUUAUUCGGGUCGUGAAGCGUCUGAAAUAUAUGAGAUUCACCCAACAAGGGCUGAAAGGAGGAAAGAAGAAAACGACAUGGCUGCUAACUACGAACGCAAACGAUCAUCUUCAUACUUUGAUGAGUUUGAGCGUUUCGAUGGACGCAAAAAUUCCAGAGACAUGUUGGUUGGUCGGGCGAGGGAAAGUCCCCGUUCAGAUGUGGUUUUCCCACCGGAAAAUAAUGACAUGAAACGACCAGAGCGGCCGACGUUUAGGACUCACAUGGCACAGAAAGAAAGGGAUAGAAAACUCGAGGCAGAAAGAAGACAUUCUGUUUCCACUCACAUUACAGAUAGAACGGAACAUAUCGAACGUGACGUUCCAGCACCGGCGGCUUUACUGCCUUCGGAUCGCAUGUUCUUAACCUAUACCCGAGUGCCUUGGAAACUGCGCGUGCGCAAAGAAGUGUUCACGCCUCUGGAGACAUACAACGAUCCCGCCAUUUUGGACUUACUUUAUGCGCAAAUCGUGCACGACGUGACAUCCAGCAGCGCGUCGCUGCGGGUGGGCGCGAGCGAGCGGCGCGCAGGGCGCGCAUGGCUACGCGCGCAGGCCGGCCCGGUGCGCGCGCACGCCAAGCUGGCGUGCGUGGAGCUGGCGCGCGGGUGGCCGUUCUACUUCGCGCGCCUGUUCGCCGCGCGCCUGCCGCCCGCCGAGAGUGCCGUGCUCGCCGUCUCGCACGCGGCCGUCGUCGUCGGUGUUAAAGGUCCUGCGGGGCUGUCGGUGAAGCGCACUCUGUCCCUAAGCGGGCUGCGUGCCUCCGCGCCGGCACCGGCUACGCUGCAGCUCACACCCGCGCGCGAGGCGCCGCUCACGCUGCACUGCCCGCUCGCGCACCACGCACACGCUCUCAUCUCCGAGUUCGUCUUGCAGUACUCACAGUUAGGUGAGCGGGAGUACGGGUCGCGUGCACAGUCGAUUACAAGCCGCGCGCGCGCGCGCACCAUGCAGCGGCCGCGCCUCUCGCUCGCGAUGCGUGACAACUGGCGGCACCUCCAACGCAUGUACGGCCUCGAGCUCGAACGUGAGGAGUUUUCACCCCCGCGACGCGCUCCAAGCCUCGACUCCCUCAUCAACUCCUCUGAAGGUGCCGCAUCGAGUGCGGACGUCUCCAAUCCCGAGGACUCUGAUUCCGGAGCGGACACGCGCGACCCCGAACCGUCACGAACGCGUAAGAGCGAUUCGGCCAAAAAAUGCCCCCAAAGUUUCUCGUCGUCGUCUAGUGGUCAUAUGGAGACGAUACACGAGGAAACAACCCAGCCAAAAGUGUCUGUGAAAGAGAUUCUCGCCAGGUUUGAGAAUUUAACGGAAAAAACGGACGUUGCACAGAUACAACCAAAGCCUACAACAAAUGGUAUUACAACAAAGGAUCGCACAUCGGAACGUGAAAACAGAGAGACACGGGAAACAAGGCAAUCUAGGGAGUCGAGAGAGUCGAGAGAGUCGAGGGAGUCGCGGGAAUCGAGGGACUCUGUGGAAAUUCGGGAAAUUCGAGAGACGAGAGAGUCUAGAGAGUCGAGGGAUGAAACAGAACAUGUUGAAAGGAGAACGCAGAUCAAUUCACCUGUGCAGCAGGAAGAAAGGGAUAGAGAAAGAGAAAAGGAGCGAGAUAGAGAAAUGGAAAGAGAAAUGAGAGAAGAAAGAAGAGAAGAAAGAAGGGAACAAUUGACACCACAACAUGAUGGAAGACAUCCUUUACUUCAAUUCGCUGUCGACCACUUCAGACAGAGUCCAGAAUUAGAAAUUCUAAAAGCGGAUUCGUCGCUAAAGAGCAAAGCGAAACGCAACGAAUGGACUUGGAAGGCACAGACAGACGUCGUGAAAUGGCAGGCGACGCCAUUACGCGCACCAUUGCUUCGACUCCCUGCCGCACUAGCGCCCCCUGCGCUCGAGUGCUUCACGUGUGUUCGUGCGUACUGCGGAGACCUGCAGCCCGCUGAACGAGCCGUGCAUCAAGACUUGACUGAAGUGAAAUGCGUAUACACAGUACUGAUGCACUGUCACGCUGUGCCAGAACUGCGCGACGAGGUGUACUGCCAACUGAUGAAGCAGACUACGUCCAACCGCUCCGCUGCGGCGGACUCGUGCCAGCGCGCCUGGCGCCUCAUGUCCAUACUCGCCGCAUACUUCACCUGCUCCGAGACGCUUAGGCCUUUCCUGGUGGAAUACUUAUCAGCGGCAGCAGCAGAUAGACGAAGACCAUGUCAAGGAACGGCGGCCGUGUGCCUCGCUAACUUGAGAAAGACACUGAGGUGUGGUGGAAGAAAGAACGUACCCAGCGUCGAAGAGGUGACGGCGGUGUCGGCGGGCCGGUCGGCGCGCCGCCAGCUGUACCGGCUGCCCGGCGGCGCCGAGCGCGUCGUCAACACGCGCUGCGCCACCGUCGUGCAGGACAUCGUCAAUGAGCUCUGCGAACUGAUCGGCGUAAGCAGCGAGGCGGAGCGCGCGGAGUUCUCGUUGUACUGCAUCGUGGCAGGCGACGCGCUCACCAUGCCGCUGGCGGGUGACGAGUAUGUGCUGGACGUGACCACGGAGCUGCAGCGCGCGCAUCACCCCUUCUACCUCAUCUUCUGCCGCUCCGUGUGGCACCACCCGCUGCGCACCGAUGCGCCGCCGCUCUACACCGAAGUGCUCUUCAACCAGGUGGCGCCGGACUACCUGGAGGGGUUGCUGCUGGUGCUGCCGGGCGGCGCGGCGCCGGGCGCGGGCGCGCUGCGCGACGCGGCGCUGGUGGGCGCACUGCUGCACCGCGCCGCCGGGCUGGCCGACGCGCCGCACGCGCGCGACCUCAAGUACCUGCUGCCCAAGCCACUGCUGGCGCUGCGCGAGCCGCGCGCCGCCAAGUGGGCCACCUGGGUGGCUGCCGAGUGGCCCGCAGCGCGCGCGCUUUCGCCGCCGCAGGCCAAGGCCAACGUGCUGCAGGUGCUGUCGCGCUGGCCGCUGUUCGGGUCGUCGUUCUUCGCAGUGCGGCGCGUGGCGGGCGCGGGCGAGUGGCGCGAGCACGUGCUGGCGCUCAACCGGCGCGGCGUGCACCUGCUGCACCCCGCCACGCACGAGACCGACACGCACUGGCCCUACUCCGACCUCAUCUCCACCAGGAAGGUGCGGUCUGAGGACGGCACGCUGUUCCUGGACGUGAAGGUGGGGUCACUGCUGCAGCAACGGGUGACGAGACUGCAAGCCGAGCAGGCGCACGAAGUGGCACGCCUCGUGCGGCAGUACGUCGCGCUGCAGCGGGACCAGCGCCACUCGCCCGGUGAGCACCGCACUGUGACGUGA